AUGACGAUUAUCUCUCCCUCAGGACUAGCUGCGACCACAGCCUCCGCCAACCUCACUUGCAACACAUGGAAGCCCAGUGCUGCGAGACCUCCCCCUCAGUCUCGACCUUUACCUCCACCGACCUCACUGGCGACGCAGGGAAGUCCAGUGAUGUCGGAUUAUAGACAAAUGCCUCCCCAUUGGAUUCGACCUUCACCCUCCCACACUCCGACCCCACUGGCAACACAAGAAGUCCAGAGAACACAAAAUCACUUGACUGCUCUUGAGCGAACAACCCUGAAGGCACAAAAGCCCAUGCAGAAACUCCUGGCUGCCAAAAUCAACAUGGACGAUGAACUCGCGUUGAACCUUCUCAAAACAGCCUACCACAUUGCCAAGCGUGAGCUCCCUAAAGGAGAAAUGCAGCACAUGGUCGACUAUGCUAGCUUUUUAGGUGUGGACUUCUGUAAGUCAGCGACAAGUUCUGCCUCUCACACUAAUCAUCAGAGUGUGUCUGAACUACAAAGUGCCAUAGCAGAAGUGAUACUAGAGGACAGUCUCCAAGAGGUUAAGGACUCUCAUGUGUUCUCCCUCACUAUAGAUGAAAGUACUGACAACGGGAACCUGAAACGUGUGUUGAUGUAUACACAGUUUGUGAAAGAGGGUGCAUUGAAGUACAGACUCUUGACCAAUAAAGUAAUUAGUGAAGGUUCUGCGUGUGCUGUGAACAUUGUGUCCAUGGUGCUUGAGGAACUUAAAACCAAAGGACUUGACAUAUCAAAAAUGGUAGGCAUCGGUACUGAUGGAGCUAGUGUAAUGACUGGUAGAACUGGUGGUGUUGUAAAGUUGCUGCAGGAACAUUCACCUUCUCUCAUUGGCGUGCACUGUGCAGCUCAUCGAGAAGCUCUUGCAACUUCUCAAGCGGCUAAACAUAUCCCAGACAUGAAUGAAUACUCCAGAACAAUUAUGAAUAUAUUCAAGUAUUUCAAGAACUCCGCUCUCCGCUCAAACCGAUUGCGUACGAUUCAAAUAUUGUUGAUGUUGCCCGAGCUGAAGUAUGCAGAAGUUCACUCUGUACGUUGGCUCAGCAUGGAGCAUGCUGUCCAGGUUGUUUACAGGACUUACCCUGCCUUAGUGAUGGCCCUUGAGCGUGAGGCUGCUUUUGAGCCAGCAGCCAAGGGUCUUCUACAAGAUGUGAAUCAGUUCAAGUUUAUUGCGAUAACUCACUUGAUGAUGGACAUUCUUCCACAGAUGACUCUGCUGUCCAAGAAAUUUCAGGAAGAAAGUGUGGACUUUAGUCUCAUUAAACCAGUGAUAAGGAGUUCAUGUGAAAGUCUUUUGGACUUACUGGAAGUAAGUGGUGUUUUUGUGGAAAAGUUAUCGAAGUUUGUGCACGUUGGUGACCAUAAAGUGACCUACAGUAGACCACUGUCAGAGUCGGACUGUAAUUCAGUAAAUGAACAGAUACAGCAGAACAUCCAUUUCAAGGGUUUCACUGAGAGUGACAUUGAUGCCAGUGAUGGCGAGGACGAUGAUGAAAAUGUUGGGUUCACACCAGAGCUGAGAUACUACACUCAACAGAAACAUGUGUUGGACAGUAUUGGGCAUCAGUACAUACAGAAGUUAACAGACAACCUGAUUGAUCGUUUUUGUGACACUAACAUACUAGAAUGCAUGAAAGUUCUGAUUCCCUCCAACAUCUCUGAGGCAGAGUCGGUGACCAAGUAUGGACUUGAUGAACUUGACAAACUUAUUGAACACUUCGAAAUGCAUCUGCCACAGAAGGAAAAUGCCCGCAGUGAGUUUCAGACUUACAAACGUCUCGUGAAAGGCAGUUACAGCAAAAUGAGUGUGACUCAGGUUCUACGGAUUCUGGUGAAGGGGAAUGACCUCCCCAACAUUGUUAUGCUCCUGAAGUGCUGUGUUGUCAUUCCCAUGACCAGUGUACAGUGCGAAAGAGGAUUCAGCACACAAAACAGAAUAAAGUCUAAGUCUAGAACAUCACUGAAAUCAAAGGCACUGGACGAUCUUAUGAGAAUCUCGGGGGAUGGACCAACACCAGGUGACUUUGACUUCGGCCGUGCCCUGCAGAAAUGA